AUGGUUGCCCUCGCCUGCGCCCAUUGGGCGAAGUUUGCGUCGGCGGUGGGCCGCGCCAUCGGGCCAGAGGAGGCGGCCAAGCUCGAGAUGCCCGAGCCGCUCGCGUCGCUGCACGGCAAGCCCACCCGCGUCGCGCCUCUGCCGAACGAUGUGUCGGCCGUGCGGCAGCACAUCCACGCCACACUCGCCCAGGCGCACGAGCCCCAGUGGCUCAUCCGCUCUCACGCUCCAAUCGAGCACGCGCAAAGCUAUGGCGCGCGGCUCGAGGUCGGAACAAAAAACCGAUCAAUCGGCGGUUAA